AGGUCAGAGACCUAAGUCUUGGCACUGGAGUUUGCAGACUCCCCGAUAGGUUUCCAAUCUGGUCGGUCGGUUUCCGCUAUGGGCCUGGAGCUGUACCUAGACCUGCUGUCCCAGCCCUGCCGCGCCGUUUAUAUCUUCGCCAAGAAGAAUGGCAUCCCCUUCGAGCUGCGCACCGUGGAUCUGAUCAAAGGUCAGAACCUCAGCGAUGCCUUUGCCCGGGUGAAUCCCCUGAAGAAGGUGCCAGCCUUGAAGGACGGGGACUUCACCUUGAGCGAGAGUGUGGCCAUCCUGCUCUACCUGACACACAAAUAUAAGGUCCCUGACUACUGGUAUCCUCAGGACCUGCAGGCCCGAGCACGCGUGGACGAGUACCUGGCAUGGCAGCAUACGACUCUGCGGAGAAGCUGCCUCCGGGCUUUGUGGCAUAAGGUGAUGUUCCCUGUUUUCCUGGGUGAGCCGGUAUCUCCCCAGACACUGGCAGCCACCCUGGCAGAGUUGGAUGUGAACCUGCAGUUGCUCGAGAACAAGUUCCUCCAGAACAAGGCCUUCCUCGCCGGGCCUCACAUCUCCUUAGCUGACCUGGUAGCCAUCACGGAGCUGAUGCACCCCGUGGGUGCUGGCUGCCAAGUCUUCGAAGGCCGACCCAAGCUGGCCGCGUGGCGGAAUCGCGUGGAGGCAGCAGUGGGGGAGGACCUCUUCCAGGAGGCCCAUGACAUCAUUCUGAAGGCCAAGGACUUGCCACCUGCAGACCCCACCACAAAGCAGAAGCUGUUGCCCAGGGUACUGGCCAUGAUCCAGUGAGCUGGGAAACCUCACCCCUGCACUGCCCUCAGCAGUUCACAAAGCGCUUUCAUUUUCUUUCUUUCUUUUUGAGACAGAGUCUUGCUCUGUUGCCCAUG